AUGCUAAUGGUCUUUGUGGAAUUGGCACAGGUUGUAAAUAGCAAAGAGUUGCAAGAAAAGGCCAAGAAAAUUGUCACCGAAUGUAUUAAAGAAUCGGGUAUUAGCGGUGAAGAAAGUAAAAUAAUUAUGGCUGAUGACUUGGAAAAAAUCGAUGAGAGUAAAUUUACCGAUAAAAUGAAAUGUUAUAUGUUGUGUUUCUAUCAGCAGCUGGGUAUUGUUGAUUCGGCUGGUAAGCCGAAAGUUGGACCAUUGAUUGCCUUUAUGGAAGAACGUUACGCCGACAAAAAGGAGAAGGUUAAACCAGCGGUGACAAAAUGUGGCAGCAUUAAGGAUCCCAAUCUAUGCGUGCAUGUCUUUAAAUUUGAACGUUGUAUUGCUCAAACCGUUGAAGGAUAA